UCAAUGUACCUGAAACCGUCCUCUGCUGCUGACUCCGCUUCCUGUAAUCACCUUCAUCAUGUCUCUCCCCAAAUAUGGAAACUCUAGUCACUACCAGCACAUCACAACCCCACAGUACUCCUACAAAUACAAACCGUCUUCAACCCCAAGUCCCAAACUCAACCCACUUCUAGUUCCAACUCAUUUGGUCUCUCUGAGUAGCAGCUGCUAUGGUAUUGCAGAGGCUGCUCUUGAAAAAGGCCUUUGGAGAAGCUAAGCUCAAGUCUCUGUCUUGCUUCUUCUCUACAGCACCACCUUCAUUGCCGGCUUUUGAUUAUGAGCCAAAGCCUUACAAUGGUCCACGCGCAGAUGAAGUCUUCCAGAAGCGAAAGCAGUUUCUGGGUCCUUCUCUUUUUCACUUUUAUCAGAAGCCGCUAAAUAUUGUUGAAGGGAAGAUGCAAUAUUUGUAUGAUGAGAAUGGCAGGCGUUACCUUGAUGCAUUUGCUGGGAUAGUGACAGUUUCUGCUGGACAUUGCCAUCCAGAUGUUUUAAAUGCAAUCUUUGAACAGAGCAAGCUUCUGCAGCAUGCCACUACUAUAUACUUGCACCAUGCAAUAGCUGAUUUUGCAGAGGCAUUGGCUUCGAAAAUGCCUGGAAAUCUAAAGGUAGUAUACUUUGUCAAUUCUGGGUCAGAAGCAAAUGAGUUAGCAAUGCUGAUGGCUCGUUUAUACACUGGUAAUCUUGAAAUGAUUUCUCUGAGAAAUGGAUAUCAUGGUGGCAGUUCUAGUACUAUGAGUUUGACUGCACUCAACACAUGGAAGUACCCGAUUCCGCAGGGUGAAAUUCACCAUGUUGUGAAUCCAGACCCUUAUCGUGGAAUCUUUGGCUCGGAUGCAGAAAGCUACGCGAAAGAUGUGCAAGACCACAUUGAUUAUGGAAGUUCAGGAAAAGUGGCCGGAUUCAUAUCCGAAACAAUUCAGGGCGUUGGAGGAGCAGUUGAAUUAGCUCCGCGAUACCUAAAAUUGGUAUACGAAAUUGUUCGUAAGGCGGGUGGUGUCUGCAUAGCGGACGAAGUUCAAACUGGAUUUGGCCGCACAGGGAGUCAUUAUUGGGGCUUUGAAACACAGGGGGUCAUCCCUGAUAUAGUUACCAUGGCGAAGGGAAUUGGUAAUGGGUUGCCAUUAGGAGCAGUGGUAACAACACCAGAAAUAGCUAGUGUUUUAGCUCAGAAAACACAAUUCAACACUUAUGGUGGAAACCCCGUAUGCUCAGCUGGAGGACUUGCAGUGAUCAGAGUUAUUGAUAAAGAGAAACGUCAAGUUCAUUCUGCAGAUGUUGGUUCACACUUGCUUGCGCGGUUGAGAUACCUUCAGCAAAGAUAUGAAAUAAUUGGAGAUGUGAGAGGCCGAGGCCUAAUGGUUGGUGUAGAACUUGUGACAGACAGAAACGAGAAGACACCUGCCAAGGCAGAAACUGCUGUGUUGUUUGAGAAACUCAGAGAGCUUGGAGUUCUAGUUGGGAAAGGUGGACUUCAUGGAAAUGUUUUCAGGAUAAAACCUCCACUGUGUUUCACCAAAGAUGACGCAGAUUUUCUUGUUGAUGCUUUGGACUUUUCAAUGUCAAAUUUGUGAGGGUUUAGCACCUCUAAGGGAAUGGGCCAGAUUGCUAAAGCUGAAGUGUCUUUGAUUGGCAAUAUAGUGUGUCUUUGACCUCAGGAUGUAUUACUUCAAAGCAGCAAUAUAAUAAUAAUAA